AAUCGUACAGGUGCGUCUGCCUUGAAGAUAACUCUGUGUGACUGUUUUUUUUUUUAGGAAAAACAUUAAACGAAAUUUAGAAUGGCUUUGCUAGGAAAUAUUAGAGAUUGGUUCACAUCUGAAACAUCAAGGAACAAAAAUGCUGCGCUGGUUGCAGGAUUGCUGUUCUUCACAGGCUGGUGGAUAAUAAUCGAUGCCAUGGCUGGGGAUGGACAGCAUCAAAUCACAACAGGACAUGUAUUUAUCGGCAUAUUUGGCACAAUUAGCUUCUGCAUGAUCAAUACAGUCAAAGGCGAGCAUAUUUCAGAAGAUAACACCUCCGAGUCGGGCGCAAGGAUCGCCAAGAUAUGGCUUCUUAUUGGCUUUGUCAUUGGAUUUGCGUCUAUUAUCGCGGCCGUUUGGGUAAUGGUCGAUGACUUCAUAAACAAUGAUAAAAAGGACACAAGUCUUGGCGUCGCGUUACUUUUGCAAAAUGUUUUCAUUCUGUUUGGCAGCAUCGUAUAUAAAUUUGGACGCAACGAGGAGGAUUGGAACGAGUAAAUUACCAAUGCAUAUAUACUCAGAUCUGUGACUGGGGAUGCUUUUAGAAAUAACUUAUAUACAUACUUAUAUAUAUUAA